AUGCCUGCGGCCAGGGCAUCGUCAUCUUCGUUGAACCCGUGGGUCGCGCGAAACUGGGGGUUGGUCAUUGCGGCAGCAGCGACAGUGGCCACCGUCGCCUUCUCGCUGGGGACGACGGCAAGCACCUCGAGGUCCGGUGCGAUGACUGGCUCUGCUCGCGUUGGACAGCAGUCUCUCUACGCGUCCCCGAAGAGCCGCGGUGGCAUUUCCGUCGCCCAGGCGCAGCGACCCUCCUCGGUACGGCCGCAUGGACGUGUGCUGCAAGAGGAGACCCCCACUGUCAUCACCCCCAUUGUCGAGUACGGGACCAAGUUGCAGAUCUUCAUGUGCAAUCCUAGCCUGGAAGUGGAGGGAAACGACGCACACCUGGUAGAUGAGGCGAGCUUGGCCGCAGCACUCAGCAAUAUCAGCGGAAUCAAACAGGCCGAUGAAGGUGACAUCACGGUGACGAUCAAGACGGAGCCGGUGGAUGUGGACGACGUAAGCUACAUGUGCGACACGGACGGCAUGCUGCAGUGGCACGCCCAGGUCGAAUACAGUGCGGCCUACGCCGGCUCGAGAGACACUACGCCGGCCGUACUGGCAGCGCAAGCCAACGACUACGUGGCGUACUCGUCUUCCCAGUUCAAGGCAUUGCUGGCCGGAUUCAUCAAUGCUGAGUACGCGGGAGAAGUCGAGACGGUUGAGCUAUCUGCUGACGAUAUCUUGAUCCCCACCGUGGGUUGGAUCGUCACCUUCCCGGCGGAGGAGUCGGUCACGCAGGAGACCCACACCGCUGGCAGUUCAGAUGGACUUGCGAUGGGGAUUGGGAGCGACAGCAGUUUGUGGGCGUGGUGGGUGUGGCUGAUCUACGCGCUGCUGGUGGCGUGCUGCUUGGUGCCGCUGUGUUGCUGCUUGCGCAGGAGGCGAGCGGACGAAAAGGAGGCUGCCAGGGACCGCUUGAUUGCUACUCGCAAGGGCCGGGGCGAAGAGGGCCUUGCCAAGAUUCGCGGACCGGAGUGGGGCAUCACCGAGCUAGACUUCGAAGGUGACUACGACGCCUACCAAAGCCAGGAGAUGAAGCGCGAGUAUGACGGCGCCGGAAGGGGCGUAGAACCGACGGCAUACAGACCAUCCCACAGGGCCGGCCAGCAGAGCGUCAGCGCUCAAGCGUGGAUGCAGGAGGCUGGCAAAAAAUCUGCCUGGGCACAGCCUUCCGGCAAUUCGUCACGGCAAGGCGGUGGACAAAGCCCGGUGGUCCGGCGUUUCGACAUCGACGACGACGAUGCUGACGAUGGAGUUGGAAAGCUUCGCAGCAAGCACCCCCAGUACAGCUUCGACGUAGGACGGGGAGGAUUCAAUGAUCGUGAUGGCGAAUCGAAGUCCUGA